GAUAUUAUGAAAAGCGCAGGCAGUGACGUCGACCAGUGACUCCGUAUGUAGCAGGGUACGUAAACACGGUAGUUUAACUCUUUUACAACACUUUACUGAAGAUUAAUGCAACUUUAGCUCCGUUUUAUGUUUUUGUUCCUCCAAGUAAACGCUAGCUGGCGGUUAGCUGGCGUUUAUAACUCCUGGUGAACGGCUCCUCCUGGUGAACUAUACCGACACAUGGGGGACCUAAGAGGGCAAAGUCGCUGUCACAUCGGGUGAAAAGUCGAGGCAUUCCUUAAAAUGCGAGCUUUUCUUUGGUCACAAGGCAGCUUCAGGUUGAAUGAGAAGUUGACAGCUGCCUCAUUAUCUCCGCCUUCCGCCUUCAGUGUCACUCAGCGCUAAUCGGGUGACCCACUCCACAGUAGCAUGACCUCAGAUCAGCCUUAGCAGACGACACGGGCCGUCCGUCACCGGCAGGAUGGAGACAGCAGCAGGCGGCUUCAGCUUCUCCCACGGCGUGGAGGGGAGCCCCAGCCCUGGCCCACCUGCUGUGCCCUCCACCAUGUCCAUAGACAGGCUCCUACCUGCCCUCCUGGAGUGCUUUGGGAUCAUCCUGUGCGGAUACAUCGCAGGGAGGGCCAACAUCAUCACCUCCACUCAGGCCAAAGGGUUGGGCAACUUUGUGUCAAAGUUCGCCCUGCCUGCGCUGCUGUUUAAGAACAUGGUGCUGCUGGACUUCGGGAACGUCAUCUGGCCCUUCCUGUGGGGCAUCCUCAUCGCCAAGGUGUCUGUAUUUUGCAUCGUCUGCGUCCUCACUCUGAUCGUGUCCAGUCCUGACGGACGCUACAGCAAGGCCGGUCUCUUCUCUAUAUUUGCAACUCAAAGCAACGACUUUGCUUUGGGCUACCCAAUAGUUGAAGCCCUCUACCAAAGCACAUACCCAGAGUACCUCCAGUACAUCUACCUGGUUGCACCCGUGUCCCUUAUGCUCCUGAAUCCCAUCGGCUUUGCCCUGUGCGAGAUCCAAAAGUGGAAGAACCAGGGAAACCACCAGCAGAGAAAACUGCUGAUCGUGGGACACGUGAUCCUGCAGGUCCUAAAGAACCCCAUUGUGUUCAUGGUCAUCGUAGGCAUCAUCGCCCACUUUGCCCUGAACCAGAGAAUCCCCGCUUUCAUGGCUGAGUUCAUAGACGGCUUGGCCAACUCUUUCGGUGGAGCAGCUUUGUUCUACCUGGGUCUGACCAUGGUGGGCCAGCUGAGGAGGCUGACCAGAUCCACGGUUGUGACGCUGAUUUUGCUUAUUACAGCAAAACUGCUGGUGAUGCCCCUGAUCUGUAAAGACAUGGUGGAUCUUUUGGAUACGGCCAGCAAUACUACGAACCACUCCAGCCUCUCAGAUUAUGCCUUUCUUUACGGAGUCUUCCCCACCGCACCAAGCGUGGCCAUCUAUGCCGUUUACUAUAACGCAGAACUAGAAGUUGUGGCCUCAGGGAUGGUGAUCAGCACUUUUCUCUCAGCUCCCAUAAUGUACGUCUCGGCCUGGCUACUUACCAUCCACUUGAUGGAUCCCCAGUGUUUGAUGAACUCCCUGGAGAAUGUCAGCUUUAAUAUGAGCAUAGUAAGCUUAGUGGCUCUGCUGUGGACAGUUGCUGUCAUGUUUUUAAGUAAAAAGUAUAAGAGGCUACCUCAUAUGUUGACAGUCAACCUGUUCUUGGCACAGCUUUUGAGCUGCGUUGGGAUGAUUCUGUGGAACUUUGUGGUGAGGAAAGACAACUUCAUUGCACAAGUCUUCACUUUUACACUGCUCUCCACUUCACUCUAUAGCAGUUUUCUUUGGCCAGGAUUAAUAGCACUCUCGAUUGUGCUCAUUAAAAAGUAUGAAGACCUGGGAGGAGCAACAGGCGCAGUGGUGAUCGCGGGAUGGGGGAUCCCGUGUUUGGUAACCUCUGUUUUGCUCAUGUUUGGCGAAAAACAGUCUGACGCUAUCGAUUUCUCAUUCUUCUACGGCAAGCUACAGAUAAUCAGCACCACGGUAGUGGUCAGCUUCAGCAUACUCCUGGGAGGAGGCUCUUUGGUGUGUCUCAGCAGAGGAAGUUGGGUGCAAGAUGAACAAAAUCAAGAAGGAAACUCUUCAUCCGAAGCUGCGCAGGAUCAUGUGACCGAGGUCGAACCAGAUACUCGCACUCUCAUAGAGGCAGAAAACACAGAAAGAGAAGGAGAUUGUCUCAGAUGUGCCUGUGCCCCAGCCGCGCCCAUGCCUGACAUGAUCAUCAGCACAAAUGUGAACAACACCCCAGCCUCACUCUCAGGUCAGUGUGAACAUGGCUGCGAGUCAACAGACUGCCUCCUUGCUGAAAUGGAUGAGCUCCAAGAGGUUGCAGACAGACAAGUGGUCCGCCAUGUGCUCCUGUGUCUGCUCCUGACUGUCUUCCUCCUGGCUAACUUCUCCAGCUGUCUCUGGCUGCUUUACAACCACCUUCACGGGAGACUCUACUUGGAGCUUCAGUUCUUCUGUGCUAUAGCCAACUACGGACAGGGAUUUAUAUCCUUUGCCCUCUUUGGGCUGGACAAGCAUUUCAUUUUACUGCCAUUGAAGAGGUUAUACAAUCACUGGUUUAAGAAGAAGAGAGAGGCGGAACCAGAGGCUGAUUUACCAGAUGACGUCAAGAUGACCUGCCUUCAGUUCACCAAAUACCACAAACAGCAGUGUUUUCAUGACAUUGUUAAAAAGAGAAGGUGUGGGGUGAUGACCAGGCGGGACUGUUUUCGCGGCUCCGAGCUGGUGGACUGGCUGCAGCAGGUGGGCUUGGCGCAGGACCGCGGCGAGGCGGUCCUCUACGGGAUGCGGCUGCAGCAGGGCGGCGUGCUGCAGCACAUCAAGCAGGAGUACAGCUUCGAAGACAGUCAGCUUCAUUACUACUUUGCUUCGUAAAACCAACAGCAUCAAAGCCGACUGCGAUUUUAUUCCCAAAGGGACACAUUUCGGUUCAGGCAGGAACGUCUGCUUGGUUCCCGCACUGUACAAUGCAGCUCUCCCUGAGGCUUGUUAUGCAACAUUUAACACCAGCUGAGCAGCAACCUACUGUGAUUUAUUAUUAUUUUUUCUGUUUUGUGGAGAAAAGGGAAUAUGUAUUAUUUUUUUAACCACCUUAGGUGUUCUAAGAUUUCUGAAAUGUGACAUUUCAGCUGCCUUGUUUAACUGUGACUCAAUACAGAUGAAUAUGCUUUGAGAUGAUCCCGCAUGUUCAGUAAACCCUUGAGCCAGGCAAUCAGAACCAUUUAUUUGGAGGUGAAACCGAACGUGCAUGCACUGUAAUUACUUCAGUUAACCUUGGUUGUGUGGGAAGAACCAACGGACUGAGGAGUUUUUCCUUUACGGGAAGGGAUCAUUGGGAAAAACAUAUAUAGUAUACUUAUUUUAGAGUUACAAAAAACUCCAAAAUAAGUAUAUUUUCAUGCAGUCGUAGGAUAUGUUUUACGUCUGUGUGAGUGGGGAGACAAAACAAGAUGUUGUUGUAGGAGGAAAAAUGCUACCUAUCUGCUGAAUGUAUUUAUUUGUUUUUUUGUUGAAACUAGUGCAACAAGGGUCCUACAGCUGCAGCUCCAGAGCCACUUAUAGGUCCUACGGCCCUCUAAAGUGGCUCUUCUUAACUUAAAAUAAAAAAAGUGGCAUUAAAAUGAACAAAAAGGCAAUUUAAAAAAGGACAUUUUGUUUUUUUUUAGAGGUUUUUCGAACAUUUCCAUUCAAUUUCCACAGCAGUAUGAUACUUAAGGUUUGUUUUCUUUCCAGUCCUGUUCUCACAUUUGGUUGGAAAUUAAGCGCUUUAUUUUAUUUUUAAGCGACCGAUCAUCGUUCGUAAAUCGGACUGCCCAACCCGUUUUUGUAAAAAUUGGGUGUUUAUGUUCUAAAACUUAAAAUUUUAAUUAAAAGCUGGAGAUUCUUUAGUUUAAAAUGUUUUUUUUAUGUGUUUAUAAAUGUAUUUUUUAGUUUGUUUUUAUGGCAGGGCAUGUUUUUUUUUUUUUGUUUUUUUUACUCUAGGUUUAGAAGAAGCAAGGCCUAAAAUUAAUCAUACAGGCUGCUGAAGCCUGUCCUAAAGGGAAUACAAGGAAGAUAAGAUUAUAUGUUAAGUAUUUUUUAUUUUAUUUUUAUUUGACAGCGAUUUAAAAAAAAAAAAAAAAGAAAGCAUGGAUAUUGUUGCUUUGCAGGAUGUCAUGACAAAAGCCUUGUUGGUUGGAAGGGUUACAUUUUACUGGUAUCGUUACGGGUAUCUUGAAAAAUGGCCAGCUCUAGAAAAAAUGUUUUUGAGUUAAAAUAGUCAGAAACUGGACCUGUUUGCAUUACUGAAUGUACUGAACGCCUCACAAUUUUGAACAACAUAAUACCGGUCAUGUGAUUUUUCUCUUUACUCGUUUAGCGUGAACGUUGUCGAGCAUAAACGCGUUUUCCAGGCACAUAUUCAUGCGGUAAGCUCCCAUAUGUUUUCCAGCACAUAUCUGUGCUGGGUUCAUAUAUUUGUUCUUGAGGGAAACGUGCAGCUCCUGGUCCAUGUUUGUGAUUGAACGUCAGAUGAAAACCUGGAUUGAUUUACAGCUGAAGACCCACAGAGACGAUGAAUAUAUCCAAACAGUCAACCCAUGAUAAUAGUUGCUAUGUAGAAAAAGGGUCUGCUGUGUUGACUUGAAAAUGCGCAUCUAGACUAAUCGCCCGUUACAUGAAUUUUGUUACAGAUUAGUGCUGCUUUUUUGAUUACUUUGAAUAAAAAGCAAAUAAUUGUCUAUUCUCAAGAUGUUUUAUGAAAUUUAUUGCUGCAAGUUGUUUAUAAAUCCUUUUAAUAAACUUUUCAAUCUGUAGUGUUCUGCCAAAUGCCGCACAUCUGCGAUGCAAUAAACUUUCAAAACUUUAA